GUCGGCGCUACAGAAAGAAUUUCGCCCCAUCAAAGUACCCGUUUGAGGCUGUCAUAUCCGGUUUGAAGCGAUUUCUCCCCACAAAACGCGCGGGAAAAGUUUGAAGCGAUUUCUCCAAAUUCACUCACACCAAGUGAUGGUGCAACCCCGCGCCCGCGCCAAAGGAUUUCGAAACCCCAAGUUGGCAGGCAGUAACUCCAAACCCCAGACCCCCGAUCACCUUAAAACCUCGAGAACCCUCUCACUAUCCUCCCAUCGCCUCCUCGCUGCUCUGCUUACCCCUUUCUCCCUCCGUCCGUUCGAAGAAAUUCCCCACCCAGAGGAAUCCUUCGUCUUCUCUUUCUUCCAAUUCCGGGAUGUAUGUCGUGAAGAGAGACGGCCGGCAGGAGUCGGUCCACUUCGACAAGAUCACGGCCAGGCUGAAGAAGCUGAGCUAUGGGCUGAGCCAGGAGCACUGCGACCCAGUUCUCCUGGCCCAGAAGGUCUGCGCCGGGGUCUACAAGGGCGUCACCACCAGCCAGCUCGAUGAGCUUGCUGCUGAGACCGCUGCCGCCAUGACGGCAAACCAUCCUGACUAUGCCUCGCUUGCAGCCAGGAUUGCGGUCUCAAAUUUGCAUAAGAACACGAAGAAGUCAUUCUCGGAGACGAUCAAGGAUAUGUAUAACCAUUUUAAUGAGAGAUCUGGACAGAAGGCCCCUUUGAUUGCCGACGAUGUCUAUGAGAUAAUUAUGAAGAAUGCUUCUCGCUUGGACAGUGAGAUAAUUUAUGAUAGGGACUUUGAUUAUGACUACUUUGGUUUUAAGACUCUCGAGAGAUCUUACCUCUUGAAAGUUUCUGGAAAAGUAGUAGAAAGGCCACAACACAUGCUGAUGAGAGUUGCUGUUGGAAUCCACAAGAAUGAUAUUGAUUCUGUUCUCAGAACAUAUCAUUUGAUGUCUCAACGCUGGUUCACUCAUGCUUCUCCAACAUUAUUUAACGCAGGCACUCCAAGGCCUCAAUUAAGCAGCUGCUUCCUUAUCUGCAUGAAAGAUGAUAGUAUUGAGGGAAUAUAUGACACUUUGAAGGAAUGUGCUGUCAUAAGCAAGUCUGCUGGAGGAAUUGGUGUUUCAGUUCAUAAUAUACGUGCCACAGGCAGUUAUAUUCGUGGGACAAAUGGAACUUCUAAUGGCAUUGUUCCAAUGCUGCGGGUGUUUAAUGAUACUGCUCGUUAUGUUGAUCAAGGGGGAGGCAAGAGAAAGGGUGCAUUUGCUGUGUAUUUGGAGCCUUGGCAUGCAGAUAUUUUUGAGUUCCUUGAUCUUCGAAAGAAUCAUGGAAAGGAAGAACAUAGGGCACGAGAUCUUUUUUAUGCGCUCUGGAUUCCUGAUCUCUUCAUGGAGAGGGUCCAAAAUAAUGGACAGUGGUCACUGUUUUGCCCUAAUGAAGCUCCAGGAUUGGCUGACUGUUGGGGUGAAGAUUUUGAAAAGCUAUACAUGAAAUAUGAAAGAGAGGACAAGGCGAAGAAAGUUGUUAUAGCUCAGAACCUAUGGUUUGAAAUUCUGAAGGCCCAGAUAGAAACUGGAACACCAUAUAUGCUUUUCAAGGAUACUUGCAAUAGAAAAAGUAAUCAACAAAAUCUGGGGACUAUCAAGUCUUCAAACUUAUGUACUGAGAUAAUAGAGUUCACAAGUCCUACUGAAACUGCUGUGUGCAAUUUGGCAUCAAUUGCUUUACCGCGGUUUGUCAGAGAGAAGGGGGUUCCUAUAGAGUCACAGCCAUCCAAGCUGGUUGGCAGCAGUGGAUCAAAGAACAGAUAUUUUGACUUUGACAAGCUAGCUGAGGUUAUUGAGAUAGUUACAGCAAACCUCAACAAAAUAAUAGAUGUUAAUUAUUACCCAGUUGAAACUGCAAAGAGGUCAAAUCUACUGCACAGACCAAUUGGCAUAGGAGUCCAAGGCUUGGCAGAUACUUUCAUCUUACUGGGCAUGCCAUUUGAUUCUCCAGAGGCUCAGCAGCUAAACAAGGACAUAUUUGAGACUAUGUAUUACCAUGCCUUGAAAGCUUCUUCUGAGAUUGCUGUAAAAGAAGGAACCUAUGAGACAUAUCAAGGAAGCCCUGUCAGUAAGGGACUUCUUCAACCUGACAUGUGGAAUGUAACCCCAUCUGGCAGGUGGGAUUGGCCUGCUCUAAGAAAAAUGAUUUCUAAGUAUGGAUUAAGAAACUCCCUUCUUAUAGCUCCCAUGCCCACUGCUUCCACUAGUCAGAUUCUUGGCAACAAUGAGUGUUUUGAGCCCUACACAUCUAACAUAUACAGUCGCAGGGUUCUGAGUGGAGAAUUUGUUGUGGUGAAUAAACAUCUACUGCAUGACUUGACUGAGAUGGGUCUCUGGUCCCCGGCUCUCAAAAACAUGAUUAUUUAUGAGGGUGGUUCGGUCAUCAGGAUUCCAGAAAUUCCAGAACAUCUGAAAGCGAUUUACAAAACUGUAUGGGAGAUUAAGCAAAGGACACUGGUUGACAUGGCUAUUGAUCGUGGAUGUUAUAUUGAUCAGAGCCAGAGCCUAAACAUUCACAUGGACCAGCCCAACUUUGGAAAAUUAACUUCCCUGCAUUUCUAUGCUUGGUCCAAGGGUCUCAAAACUGGGAUGUAUUAUUUGCGUACGCGUGCUGCUGCUGAUGCGAUCAAAUUUACAGUGGAUACUUCCCUUCUCAAGGAAAUGCAGAACACCAAGCCAGUGGAGGAUGAGGAUGCAGAAGCAAAAGCACAGGUUGUCUGCUCCUUGAAUAACCGAGAGGAGUGUAUGGCAUGUGGGAGCUGAGAUCUCUAAUUUUGAAGCUCCUAUCAGUGUUUUACAUGAUUUACUGCACGCGUGAAUGGCCCUGAUCAAAUCUUAUAUAAAUACUGAGUGGAGCGUCUGGGGCCUCCUCUUUUCAGUCUUUCCUGGUGGAAGUCGAAUCUCCAACUUCAGCGAUGGAUUUAAGUAUACAUGGCUCUGCAAUAUCUUUGUUUCAAAAUAUGUAAUGUACAAUUGCCAAAAUCACCUAGACGUGUUCUGUAUAUUUUGUUUUGUAAUAAAAUGUUUUAAUGUUUUCUAUGCUUAUAAAAUUUGUUUGGGCCUGUGUAAAGAAAUUACAGUCUCCAUUU